CUUUGAUUCGCUGCGGAUCGGUUUCGGAAUAUUUUUUGCCAUAUUUAGUACAAGUUUUUGCCAUCGAUAUGCGUCGAAUUCGUUGGUGGUUGAGUCUAUAGAAAGCUGUGCAAGAAAAUAAAAUAACGAAAUCAACCAAUAUGGAGUUAACAAUGAUCACCUUAAAUUGGUUCGAUUUGAUUACGUCGGUGGUGACAUUUCUUGUGAUAUUUCUAGUGCAAGUGCUGAAUGUUUAUUUGAAAAUACUAGACGAUAAUCCCGAUAAUGGCAAGUCAAUCGAUGUGGUCGACAAAGCCGCCGUGAAAGAAUUUCCGAUACUGGAGUCUCAGUCAUCCAGUUCACCCGUUUCCACCACUCCUUCUUCACCGAAAACACCGAUAUCGGCCAACGGCAAGUUGGAAAAGCAAAUAUCUCUGCUGGACAAUGAUAGCGGCAUCUCAUUGAGCUCCAUCAACACCUGUUCAGCAAAUGCAACGAACUCAUCCCCAACAUACCGAACACACAAUGGCUUCCACUCUUUCCCUUCGCACACGCUCAGUUUCGAGACCCUGACCGAUGAGUAUCACGAGGAUGAGGAUACAUUGUCUUUGGAGAAUCUGUUUCCCUGCGAUCAAACCGAGAUCUAUGCCUCUAAGAAAAUAAGUUUCAUAAUAGAUGAGCUCAUUCAAACGGAGGUGAACUAUGUGAAUAACCUGAAGAAGGGAAUGGUGAACUAUGGAAAACUUAAGGAUGAAGAGGAUGUGCCAGAGGGUUUGAGUGGCGAAGAGAAACAGAAAUUGCUGCUGGGAAAUAUCGAAGAGAUUCUGGAACUUCAUGAAAAGGAAAUACUACCACUCAUGCUGCGAAAUCAGCGGGAUCUCAAAGGUCUAUUCGAUGAGUUUGCCGUACACUUCGAGAAAAAUCGCUUCUACUGCUAUGUUAGCUUCACCAUCGGCAAGAAAACGUCAAUGCAACUGCGUCAAGAUAAUCGAUUGUGGUUGCAGACGUAUCAAACCUCUAUAAAAGACAAGCUGGGCAUCGACAGCUUCCUAGUUCAGCCCAUUCAAAGACUGACCAGAUAUCCUUUGCUCCUGCAGCAAUUCAUAUCGGAAUUCUACAAAAGUGGAAUUAGUUGCAAGCCAGUGCUGACUGCCGUUUGCAAAUUGGAGACGCGAAUGCGGCGGGCUCUGGAUGUGGUCAAUCAGGCCGAGGAGAUACCCAACAUCGAGGAGCUAAACGAGUUGGACCUCCUACAGUUGGGUAACUUCCGCCGUUCAACGGAGUUCGAUGCCCAGCAUCUUCCCACCCGGAAGAAGUACCGCUCCAAGGUGUUCCUGUUCGAGCGGAGUCUCGUAUGCACGGAAGUGCGGAAGAAGAGGCUGGCCUACCGGCAGCACUACAACUGGGAGAAUGUUGAGCUGCAGAGGCCCUUGGAUUCUGCCUCAUCCAAUGCCAAUAAGACUAUCAACAUGCUGGUGAAACAGCAGGAAGGAGGUUCCAAUGGCAGUUCGAAACGAGAGGAGUACGCCUUCGUGGCUGCAGAGGCUGCGGUGGUGAAACAAUGGCUCUUGGCCACCCACAAGAUCAUUGAGAUCGCGCGGCAUGAACAUGCCAGAAGGAACACUUUUAGCCUGCCCAUGGAUCUGGUUCUUGGAGUCAUUUUGGCCAUCUGGCUGAUAUGGCAGUACUUGUAGAUAGUCCCCACCUCAACAGCACAUAAAAACCAUGUCCUAUUCCCCAUCCACUCACAACUCAAGAUCGUAGAUAUCUAAGAAUAAAGCUAAGUUAUUUCGUA